UUCCAUCCUUAUUGUUAUUUAUUUACCUUUAUCUGGGAGCCUCUGUUGUUUGUCAUUGUGUCCUGAGCCUAUAAAGGGACAUCGAACGCGAGGCAGCCAGGACAAUCGGAAUAUCACAAUAACUUUUCUGCUCCAUUCAUCCAAGUGGUUCCAGAAUGGUCCCUGUGCACUGCAAUCGAACCCUCACUGAGGUGGUGACUGGGGAUCGAGAUCAAACGCAGUUGGAUACUGAGAAGCCGGUUAGGAAAUUAGCCGCUAAAAGAAAGCAGAGCAAAAGCAGCAAGAAUAGAAAUAAAAGAAAGGCUAAGAAGGAAGCGGCAGAGUAUCAGAAGUCUAUGGAAGAGCUGGCGGCAUCUACUGCUACCGCUCUAAUUGAUCAUAGCCACAUAUCACGGCAAGGAUAUCGUUACGAGCCUUUUAUUGUCGGCAGCACUCAACCUCAACCGGCAAGUCAGUGGCAAUUUGGGCAGGGAAGCUUCAACAGCCAGUACACGGCGGAUACCGAACCUAUGUCUCAAGUGAGUGGUUUUGAGGCCUACCAUCCAGGUCACCCUUACCACUCCCAUAGCACCGCUAGUCAUUGUUCUUCUCCAAACGCCUCCAUACCACCUGGUGGAAUUUUUAUGGGAGCGCCGGGUAGAUUGGUUCCUCGAGCUACAACACCUGAUCCCUACAUGAUUCAAAGCCAUGGGAUUUAUUUUGGCAGCCGUUCCAAUUCCAGUCCCUCGCUCCCUUCUUCUGAGACGUACUCGGGCUACCGGGGAUCACAACUGCAGAUCCCUCCUUACCCGCCAUCCUAUCGAGGCUCCCAGUAUUGCCAUCUCCCUGUUUUGCAAGAUCAGACCCAACCUAUGCAUCCUCCAGGAACAUGCUGUGAGAACGGCGAUGCACUUUCCCGGCCGUGCAUGCGCUAUUUUAUGUUCCCCAACUAUCCAUAUCACCCACUCAUACCACAAUAUAGACCAACAGCAGAGUGCGCUCAAUUUGUUCCAGCUAUGCCUUUCAAUGAGGCCAAUGGUGCUCAGACUGGUGACAACGCCAUCCGUCGAAAUGGUCUACAAGAGAGCAUAACAAGGGCAGAAAGAAGCUCCAAUGGAGGAAGUCAAAAUGUUCUUAAUCCGCUGGAUUUUGCUCAAGUAUGUCAGCAAGGUCCCCAGCCUUGUACCGGACCAAUUGUUCGUCGCGACGUUUACAGCUCCCGUUACCAUUCUGACGAAGAAUUAGAGCCAGUUGCAGUUCAUAUUCUCGAAACAUUUAGAUCUGGACAAUAUGCAGAUUUUCGACUAAUCCUGAAUUCCUCCGCGGAACAUUGCCCGCCUGUGUCCUUCCCUGUCCACUCGUUAAUUGCUUCAAGAAGUCCGCAUCUCAAAAAGUUGAUGAAAGCAAUGGAUGCUGCUACGCGCCCGAGAGAGAUACACCUGGGAGCUGCAGCCUCUUUCUCUCACCCCUUUGCAUUUGGUAUGGCACUGCAACAUUUCUAUGGUGUUCCAUUAAUAGCUGAAGAGCAGCUAGACAAUGACUUCACGCAAGCUGUUGGAAACACUAAUGGGGAGGAUCGGGACCAGAAUUGUGGAAAUGGAAGCCGCUUUCGUGAGCUGGAGAAAAUGAGAUUUGCUCUAUGUUACGCCGCAUCAGCUGCUUUCCUUGCAGAGAAUAGGAUUCUUCGUCGUGCUUCUCGCCUCGUCACAAAUGCAAUCUGCUGGAAUAACUUGGAAGUCAUUUUUCACUUCGGUAUUUCAGCUUCCAAUUUUAUGAUUACACCAGUUAACAGUAUCCUUGGUACUGGUCGGGAAGCGGCCAGUUCUGACAAACUCCAUCAUAAAGCGACCUCUAUACCCAACAGCAGCGAGCAGGAUAUGGAGAGCGAUUUGGCGAAUGUGGAUGAUCCCCGUAAAUAUCCUUGCACUCUCAACUGGGAGCUCAAGGAAAUAUGGGGACCACAACUUCUUAAUGAAGCGAUUGAUUUCCUCAUUAAAAACUUCCCUCAAAAUUUCCAGCUUGAUCCUGACGUGAACUCGCGAGAGCUGCCCGACAGACUUUCCGGACAAGCACCGUCUAGGUUCUCGAUCAGAGAAAUUUCUUCCUCAGUGACGUUUGGAAAUUUUGCCGCUGCUAACAACUGCACGUCUAGCAGAGAGGAGAGGAUACUGUCAGCUAUAUUCCUUGCGAUCCCGUUCAAAAUACUUCAAAAGCUUUUCAAUGCUAUGAAAGUGAGCGGGAUCCUCACACCGGGCCUUGUGGAGGAUAUUAUAAUUGAGCGCGAACGGCGUCGGAUUCGGGCCGCCCGGACCGUCAAGAAUAGGAAUGAUACUUCUGAAUUGACAGUAUCCGAGACCGAUCCAAUUGGCUGGCGAGAGGAGAUUAUGUCAGUCACUGGUGUUCAGGAGGGCAGCCCAUCCAUUAUCAAGACGUGGGUUGGAUUCGUUGUGCCGGAGGUAAUUGAGAUCAAACCGAAGGAGGCAUCUCGGGGGGUUCUCUAAUGUGUAUUUUUUUUCGACGGUUAAUAUGCCGUGAUGUCGUUUUCUACAUUUGAAGAUGCAUUAUUUAUUAGCCCCAUCCCCCUCUUUUUUUCUCCCUCCCCACGUGGUAAAUGUUGAGGUGCUUAACAGGACUGUUAAGCCGCUUGGUUCUGUGCGGGUUCGGCCUUUCAGUGCACGGGAGUUUGCUUGUUUCCUUCUCUCUUUUUCCGAGGUUCUCCUUUAUUUUUCCUUUUGGUCUUGACCAGAUACGCCCUUCGUCCUCUGCACCCACCGGAUUCCCAUAUAUCUUUCUUUCCCGUCCGAAUAUAAAAUUACUACCACACCCACUAAUCUUUGUUCCCAAGGGCCAGCUCGUCUCCCGUUUCCUGUCUAUGGAUUAGAUACCCCUUAUUUCGCCCUUAUUUCGAGAUCUUUGAUCUAGGUUCUUGGGCCGCACAUGCGCAUAUUUCUUUUCUCAAUUUUUCUGGUGUUUUUGGUCCCGUUAUUCUUUCUCCCCGUUGUUCACCUUUUUGCACUCACUUCAAUUUAUGACACGUAGGAUGACUAGUAUCGAUGAACCUGAUGUUUUUUCUGUCCGUUUUGUUCAUUUGUCUUUGGAUUUACCUCGUAUUCUGUCUCUCGGGCGGUUUCUUUGGAGUGGGAAAAAAGGGGUUUAGCAGUUUGGCAGGGUUCCUUGUCCUUUUUUAUAGAGUUCAAGCGGCGAGGGUUCGAUUCAGAGACAGACCAAAUUGUUUCCUCCAAAAUUUAUGCUCCUUUCCAACUGAAGAAGAAGAAGAAGAGAAAAUAAAACAACCAACAAGUAUCAUUAUUACACGCGAAGCCCGGCCUCACUAGAACGAGAGUGGUUGAAUGAACAGUCGCAAUCUU